GAAAUAGAGAGAGAGAGAGUGUGAGAGAGAGAGAAUGUGUUGCAAUUGGUGGGAUAACGUAGAGUGAAUUAUACUUAAUCUGAGCACCCUAUUGAAAAGAAAAAUGAUAAGAUUCGUUCUCUGGAUAUUACUCUUUCUCAAAAGUGAUCUGAUUGAUGCUGUAAAUGUGUCGGGAAAAGAGGGAAUGAAAGUAACUUUACCGACUGGACUUAAUGAACUACCUAGUGGCACUAUUAUGGCAUGGUCUUUCCCAUUGAAUCGUUCAGAUUCAUUUGCUAACAUAGCUAUGCUGAAUGCUGGUGUGAUUACAACGAACUACAGUAGGAAGUUUAAAGACAGACUGAAGCUGGAUACUCAGACUGGAUCUCUCACCAUCAGAAACCUCACCAUCAACGACUCUGGACUUUAUAAAAUACUUAUCAUCAAUACACAGAGUUCAUCUAAGAUUGCAAAUCUAACUGUCUAUGCCUCAGUGUCUGCUCCUCACAUCAGUCACUCAGUGGACAGUCCAUUUGAAAAAGUGAGCUGUUCCUUGGUGUGCACUGUGAAGAACGGGAGAGAGGUGAUCUUGUCCUGGUACAGAGGAGAGGAGAUACUCAACCAGACCAGCAGCCCUGAUCUUCUCACCAAUCUCUCUCUCCCUCUGGAGUUAAACAAAAGAAACAUUGACACCUACAGAUGUGAGGCUUUCAACCCUGCUGAUUCAAAACCAACUCCACUCAACUUUCAAACGCUCUGCCCUAAAUUGUCCUCACGCUCUGCCCUCAAAGAGUCUGGUCGCAAUCCUGUCCCAAUCGCACUGGUCACAUUGUUAGCAGUUGGGAUAAUAAGUGGUGGUAUAUUCUGGGCAGUUAAAAUAAGAAAAUGUGGAGCCUGCAAGCAAAGAGAAGAAGCCCAACAUUAUGCUGAUGUGAACUUUCUGAGAUCGGUUGGGGAUACACUGGUAUCUGGCACCGGAGGAGUCUGUUCACCAGAGGAGUCUGUUUUGUACGCUGAUGUCAGAAUCUUACCUUCUGUUCAGACGGGACUGGGUUCAAUCACUCCUCUCUCAAAGCUGUGACCUUGGCGUGGUUUAGAGGCUUGUGUGUCUCAAUGACCCUGAGAGCUACACCGGAGGGGGCUUGGGCCCCUGGUAGGUUUAGCCAUUCCGGAUUGGUCUUAGGUCAGGGGCCAGACCAACGACAGCAUUGGUCCUACAUGUUUCACGUUGGUAUGGUGCUAUAGGUAGGCAACUAUACCACUCUGACAAUGUUACAUGCUGUGUGUACAGUUGAAGUCGGAAGUUUACAUACACUUACGUUGUAGUCAUUAAAACCUGUUUUUCAAGCACUCCACAAAUGUAUUGUUAACAAACUAUAGUUUUGGCAAGUCGGUUUGGACAUCUACUUUGUGCAUGACACAAAUCAUUUUUCCAACAAUUGUUUACAGACAGAUUAUUUCACUUAUAAUUAUAAUAAACUGUGGUGUAGUUAUUAUAUUUACAUGUGAUCAGAAGCAUAGCUGAUAGGAAUGUGUUUUACAGAAUUACAGGCCUACACAGAAGACUUCUGAUCUUCUGUACAUCACUGUUCUAUCUGCAAGGUUCUUUGAAAAAUCCCCUGAUGUUAAUCUAACAACAAAACCCAUGUGUGCAUCCGCGAAUGCAUGCUGUGUAGAAAUGAGCUUCUUUCUCACCAUAGCGUGUGGUUAUCGCUUCUCUGUCUGUUCUCUUUGUAGUCAGUAGCCUAUAUGGGUCAGUCACUCUCAUUCUCACUUGCUUAUAGGAGAGAUGUGGUACCUUCCUGCAGCACUGUACAGCUUAUCUUACGCAAAAUAGCUCAAGCAACAAACCAUGCUCUCAAUCCCCUUUGGAUAAGAAAGGAGAUAUAACAGGUAUAACAGAUUGACCCUUGCCCCCCGACACAUAUACUAUUACAGCAUAACACCUGGAGGCUGAGACAGGAGGACUCGGGAGACACUGUGGCCCCGUUCGACGAUAACCCUGGACAGGGCCAAGCAGGCAGGAUUUAACCCCACCAACUUUGCCAAAACACAGCCCCACACCACUAGAGGGAUAUCUUCAAACCACCAACUUACUACCCUGAGACAAGGCCGAGUAUAGCCCACGAAGAUCUUCCCCACGGCACAAAGAGGAGGAGGAAGAUCAAGAAGAGGAGGCGGAACAAGCAAACUAGCCUGGAUAAAUCCAGUAUGUUUGUGCUAUCAUAUCAACUCCUUGUCUGUCCUUGUCAUGCCAAAUGCCAGCAUGUUUGGCAUGACAAUGAGUGAAAAGGAUUUGCCAUGAUAGCACAGACUGGAUUUCUCCAGGCUACAAGCACACACCAUAAAAUGGGAACUAGAAUGAACUAAGUUGUGUUAGCAUUAUGCCAUAGGCUCUGUAAUAUAUGCAGAUUUAACAAAAUGGUGCAAUUAUCGUGCAUUUAAUUAAACUUGUCUGUCUGGGAAAAUA